AAUCCCCUCCAUUUGAGGCCGGGGGCUCCCAGUUUCCUCCCCUCUUUGGCCAUCUUGUUCUUGGCUGGGCCCGCGCCUCCUCCUUUACUGACCUCAUUCGUUCACUCACUCAUUCACCCCUCGCCCAGACACUUCCUCUGUUGGCCUCCACCCUGCCUACCCCGACGCUGCGCCGCUCCAGCCCAGCUUCUCUGCCACAACCCUGACCCUCCGACUCGUCCGCUCUUCGGUCAGGGGUCUUCCUGGAGCUUAAAUCGGAUAGUGUAACUCCCUUCUUGAGCCUUGGGGGCAGCGCUGCGCUGCGGCCCAGGCCGGGCUAAGCCACGACCACCGUCCCCGGUCGAGGCUCUCUCCUCCUUGUGGCCUUGGCCCUGAGGACCCUCGGCCUCGCGCUCCUUCCCGCUCAGCUCCUCCCUGAGCCCUUGCUGGGGGUCCUCGGCCAGCGCUGGGCGCGAUGGGCUACAGACGCGUCUGACCCGUGGCCUGCGGGGUCAGGGUGGGCCUGGGGGAGGCUUGGGGCGGAGGGGCACGGACCCGCGUGGCUCGGCUCAUAGCACGCAGGUGGGGCCGCCUUGACGGUCCGCAGGAGCCUGGGCACACUGGCCCUCCGUUCUCGCACCCGUCCCCUCCGACUUACGCAGGGGCGCCGAGGCCGACGACCCUCUCCCGGCUCCGGCGAGAGUAGGAGGUGGAGCCUCAGCUGGAGGGAAGGGCGCCUUGGGCAGAGCCCCCAGGAGCCCAGUCUUUGGCCCGCCCCGCUGCAUCGGGGCGGGGUUUGGGGCAGCCGGAGGCGGGUCCAUGCCAGGUCCGAGUUGGAGGAAGCCGGAAGCCAAGCCCCGCGAGCCACCCUAUCGACCCCUGGCCCGCUCUGGCGCCAGCCGGGCUUGGGGCCUCCUUCCUGUUCGGGCUCCGCGCCCGCGCCCCCGGCUGUGCUCCAGGCGUUGGGCUGCUCCCUGGGGCUGCCAAGGGGGGUGGGCAGUGCACUCACCUGCCUGUGAGUGGUAGUGUUUGGGUCCUGCCCACACUGAGUGGCCCAGAGUGACCACGGUCAGGCCAUGGGGACCGCACUUGUGUACCACGAGGACAUGACAGCUGCCCGGCUGCUCUGGGACGACCCCGAGUGCGAGAUCGAGUGCCCGGAGCGCCUGACCACAGCCCUGGAGCGCCUGCAGCAGCGUGGUCUGGAGCAAAGGUGUCUGCGGCUGGCGGCCCGGGAGGCCUCAGAGGCGGAGCUGGGCCUGGUGCACAGCCCGGAGUAUGUGGCCCUGUUGCAGGGGACCCAGGCCUUGGGCACCGGGGAGCUCCAGACCCUGUCUGGACAGUACGAUGCCGUCUACUUCCACCCGAGUACCUUCCACUGUGCCCGGCUGGCCGCGGGGGCGGCGCUGCAGCUGGUGGAUGCAGUGCUGGCGGGAGCUGUGCGCAACGGGCUCGCCCUGGUGAGGCCUCCUGGGCACCACAGCCAGAGGGCUGCUGCCAAUGGAUUCUGCGUGUUCAACAACGUGGCCAUAGCGGCCAAACACGCCCAGCGGCAGCACGGGCUGCACAGGGUCCUCAUCGUUGACUGGGAUGUCCACCACGGCCAGGGAAUCCAGCAUAUCUUUGAGGACGACCCCAGCGUCCUUUAUUUCUCCUGGCACCGCUAUGAGCACGGUCGCUUCUGGCCCUAUCUCCGCGAGUCGGAUGCAGACGCUGUUGGGCAGGGCCCGGGCCUUGGCUUCACUGUCAACCUGCCCUGGAACCAGGUCGGGAUGGGAAAUGCUGACUACGUGGCCGCCUUCUUGCAUGUGCUGCUGCCCGUGGCCUUUGAGUUCAACCCUGAGCUGGUCCUAGUGUCCGCGGGAUUUGACUCAGCCAUCGGGGAUCCCGAGGGGCAGAUGCAGGCCACGCCAGAGUGCUUUGCCCACCUCACGCAGCUGCUGCAGGUGCUGGCUGGUGGCCGGGUCUGCGCUGUGCUGGAGGGUGGCUACCACCUGGAGUCACUCUCGCAGUCCGUGUGCAUGAUGGUGCAAGCGCUGCUGGGCGACCCUGCCCCGCCCCUGUCGGGGCCCAUGGUGCCGCAUGGCAGCGCCCUGGAGUCCAUCCAGAGCGUCCGGGUAGCCCAGGCCCCUCACUGGGUGAGCCUCCAGCAGCAAGGUGUGGCCCCUGUACUGAGCCCCAGUCCCUGCUCCCCAGAGGGGAGGCCCUCGCCUCUGCUGCUGCCCGGGGGGCCUGAAUUCAAGGCAGCAGCGACCCAGGACGUGGCUGCCCUGAGCUCCCUCCUGGACCAGCUGCGCCUCAAUCCCACACCCCCUGUACGCACGGCUGUUGCCUUGACCGCGCCAGAUGCUGCCCUGGCCCUGCCCUCUGAUGUCCUCUGUGAGGAGGGGUCAGCCGCACAGGAGGAGACGCAGGCCUGGGCCAGGCCACAUGAGGCCCUGGCCCAGGACAGGGCCCUCACUGCACUCGGGAAGGUCCUGUACCUCUUGGACAGGAUCCUGGAUGGGCAGAAAUGGAGCAAUUUGACCUCAGAGUGCACAGGUGACAGCCGUGUAGACACGGGCCAAAAGAAGGGACACAUGGGUCUGUUUACUUGGUUUGGGGGUUACCCUCUAUGCCUGCUAUUCACUCCACAGGUGAGCAGUGGCGUUGCAGUCACCCCCGCCUCUGCUGCAGCUGCCACCCUGGAUGUGGCCAUUCGGUGUGGCCUGUCCCACGGAGCUCAGAGGCUGCUUUGUCUGGCUGUGGGGCAGCUGGAUCGGCCCCCAGAUCUCACGGAUGACGGGUAUGAUUCUCAGGUCAUGUGUAUGUCCAGUUCUGCAAGUAUGUGGGUGGGCACAUCACCCUGGAUCCCCAGGGGUGACAGGUGGGCGGGGCAUUCCGCAGCUGGAGUUUGGCAGAAGGGCCCCUGGAAGCAAUGCCAGGAGGGUCUCCAGCACAGAGGGUCAGCAGUUCUUAGCAUCCCUGCCCCUGAGCUGUCCUUCUUCUGUUCGUGCUCCGAAUGGUGGGCGGCAUCUCACACACAAGCUCAUGUAUCCAUAUGCUUGCUUUCCCCUGGAAGGAGGAAUCUAUGGCUGAAUAUUGGGGGCAAGGAGGCAGCUGCCCUGUCCAUGUUCCACGUCUCUGUGCCACUGCCAGGGACGACUGGAGGGUUUCUGAGCUGUGUCCUGGCUCUGGUGCUGCCCCUGGCCUACAGCUUCCAGCCUGACCUGGUGCUGGUGGCGCUGGGGCCCGGCCAUGGCCUGCGGGACCCCCAAGCUGCACUCCUGGCUGCGCUGCUUCGGGGCCCAGCAGGGGGCCGAGUCUUGGCCCUUGUGGAUGAGGAAUCCACACCCCAGCUUGCGGUGGUCCUGGCCAGGGUGUUGCAUGGAGAGGCAGCCCCCAACCUGGGUCCCUUCUCCAUGGCCUCCCCAGAGGACGUGCAGGCCCUGAUGCAGCUGAGAGGGCAGCUGGAGCCACGGUGGAAGAUGCUGCAGGUGGCCAGUGAGGCUGGGGGGCCAGGCUCAGGCUGAAUGCUUGGGGCCUUGGGCGACAGCUGCCUGAGAGCUCUGUGGGGAGACGGGUUCACGUCCUGGGGAGCGGGGUGCUGCCCUGAACCAGCUCAUAGCCGCGUCAAGCAGUUGUGCACCUCUUCCCAGCUCCUCCUUGAGUGCUGUGACCUGGUAGCUUGAAAUCGGCCACGGUGGGAGUAUUUACAUCCCGGAAAAGACACUACGAGCUAGUCCCCAAAGAGCCUGUUGUUAACCAUUCACCAGCACACCUCUGCGCGAGGCCUCUGUCCUGAGGGCUGGGCUACGGGGCUGCCCAAGACACUGGCUCAGGGGCUCUGUAUCCCCCGCCCCAGCGCGGACUCCCCCCUCCGGCGACCCGUCUCUGCACGGACGGCCCCUCCCUCGCUCCCUCCCCGCCCAAUCAGUAAACGUCGGUUAAGCGAAA